GACGUGCUGGUUCGCAAGCGCCCGAGUGAGCCAUGCUUGCUUCAUCAAGAAUGAUACACAGACUAAGAUGAUUACCGUCCCCGUUCGGUCUUCAUCAUGCGAGAGCACAAGAACCGACGGAGCCCAAGAUCGUCCAGACUGAACCGCAGGGGGGGCAGCGCUGAGCCGCUGUUGUCCUCUUCUGGGAAGAUGCGCCGCCCAAAAGGGAAGAGACAUGAUGUCAUGCUGGGUCACGGGGGAGCGAGGUCGCAGACAAGGUCGAGCGUCGAACACUGACGUGCAUCCACCCCGCCUCCGCGUCCAUCAGCCAUCCUGGCAGUCGUGACGUACCCCCUGCCCAAAGCCCACAUCCCUGAUCCUACCGGCAAUGAAUCCCUCGACGGUAUAAAGACCUUCUGCACCUCAACGACCCAGCGACGUUCGCUCGUACCCUCUCCGCACCCACCACAACCAUGUCCAACCAACUCGUCUGGCUCAUCACCGGCUGCUCCUCAGGGAUCGGCUACGGGCUCGCCGCCGCAGCGCUCAAGCGCGGCGACAAGGUCAUCGCCACCGCCCGCGCGCGCUCCAUCGCGAAGACCGCGCCGCUGCAGCAGCUCGGCGCGCACGUGCUCGAGCUCGACGUCACCGCGCCCGUCGACGAGCUGAACGCGAAGGUACAGCAGGCGCUCGGCCUCCACGGGCGCAUCGACGUCCUCGUCAACAACGCCGGCUACAUCCUCGUCGGCGCGCAGGAGGAGAACACGGCCGAAGAGACGCUGCACCAGUUCAAUACCAACGUGUUCUCUGCGUUGAACAUGUCGCGUGCCGUCCUGCCCCACAUGCGUGCGCGCAAGUCCGGCACCAUCGUCUGGUUGGGCUCUAUUGGCAGUUGGCGCGCGAACCCGCACGGCAGCAUCUACGGCGCGACGAAGGCCAUGCACCGCUGCCUGUCCGAGUCGCUCAACGCGGAGAUCCGCCCGCUCGGCCUGCGCAGUAUAUGCAUAGACCUCGGCUACUUCCGCACGAGCUUCCUCGACCCGAACAACCGCGCGCCGUACACGAACCGCAUCGCGGACUACAAGGCCAUCACCGUCCCCGCCGACGAGCGCUGGAAAUCCGUGAACGGCAAGCAGCCGGGCGACCCGGCGAAGGCGGUCGAGCUCAUGCUCGACCUCGUCCGCGGGGAGGGCGCGGCGGCGGGCAAGGACCUGCCGCCGGUCGCGUACUUCGGCAGCGACUGCGUCGAGGCGGUCAAGAAAUCGUGCCAGACGACGCUCCAGCGCAUCGAGGAGUGGGAGACUGUGUUCUCGUCGACGGAUUUUCCUAAAAGCCAGUGAGCGAUUGAAGGAACGAAGGGGUGCUCACGGCGUGGGGAGAGAGAAGAAGAGAAUGCUGUGGAUAGAGUAUAUGAGUUUGUAGAUUGUCAAUAGCUUGUAUGCGUGGGGCUCGUUUAGACGAUGAUAGUCAGCCAUUCGUGGGAGCCUCAAU